AUGGAUAUCGAAAAUGCAGAUCGACCAACAGCACCACACAAUCAAAUGACCAAUGAAGUGAAAGAGCCAAAACUCAUAUGUAGCCGUAAACUUUGGAUAUGCAAGAGCGAGGGAGAUCGCGGCUGCAUAGACGCAUCCCCAGAUAAACUAACAGGACAUCCAAAAGUGAUGGAGAAGAUGUUCCUUUGCCCUCAAUGCCAUCAUGAUGUAGGAAAGCCAAUCAUGUACAAAGUUCAAGGAUACUCAGUCAGACAGGACUUUCUGCAUCGAAAUUAUUUCCCCUUGCUCGCUAUAUUCCUAAGUUGGAGUGGAUUUGGAAGCCAAUAUGGGUCAAAUAUUGUGAAGACCACGCUUAUCGAGCACUUUGCCCUGGAUUCCACUAGGCUUCAUAUAGCAUCACGUUCUCUCAAAGCAGGAAAUAGCCGCCCAAUCACCAUGAACCCACAUUUCGAGUGGCUUGCGAGGCUGAAGCACGAGGGAAACAUCUUGAUCUUCAUUAAUACUCAUUCAGAUAGUGACACAGGCAAUCUCAUCGUUUCUUGGAAUGCCAUGAACCCAGUCGCAGUGCCGAUCGAUGAGCUUCUUUGCAACUACAUUGGUGGAAACAAUUUGAAGACUGCAAGCCAAGUGAUUGCAGCUAUCAACAAGGUAGAUGGGGCGGGACCCAUCAUUGUCCCUGCACUAAAUCGAUUCAUCAAGAAUGUCUAUGUAUACGACAUGGAGAUGUGGGACGCGAUGGAAGAAUCAUUUGGAGAAGACAGAUACGCUUUGAACCAAUUGCCGGUUUUCAUAUCUUAUGCAACACUUAAGCCCAAUCAGAACAGUCAGUGGCAACACAUGGUUGACACAAGGGUGCUUGCAUACAACAACCUGAAGGAUGGUCGGCCUUGGGGCCUCAACAUAUAUCAGUGUUGGAAUGUGCAGUGCCAAGCACCAGCAUAUAACAUGAUUUUUCAUGCACAUGGGAAGCAAUACUACGGAAGGCAAUGGGUGGAGACAAAGAUCAAAUAUACUUGCCUGCAAUGCCGUAUGAUGCAAAAGGGAAUUCCAUGUCCAUCUUGGGUCCACGCAGUGUGGUCUCAGAACUUCGGACAUGUGUGGUACCAGUGGCCACUCAGCUUAGCACAAAGACACGAAAUCAGGAUCAUAGAAUAG